UGUGUGUGUGUGCGCGCGCGCGCGCGUGUGUAUGUGUAUGUAAGGAGGGGCGGCCUGGGGGGCAGGGUGGCCUGGGGUUUUUGCUUGCUCCAGCGCUGUCAGCCCAGGCAGCCCGCGCCAACCUGCGGCAGCUAAACGGGCCUUGGAGAAGCCAGACUCGCAGGCACUAUGCAGUGGAUUAGGGGCGGAUCAGGAAUGCUGAUCACUGGAGAUUCCAUCGUUAGUGCUGAGGCAGUAUGGGAUCACGUCACCAUGGCCAACCGGGAGUUGGCAUUUAAGGCUGGCGACGUCAUCAAAGUCUUGGAUGCUUCCAACAAGGAUUGGUGGUGGGGCCAGAUCGACGAUGAGGAGGGAUGGUUUCCUGCCAGCUUUGUGAGGCUCUGGGUUAACCAGGAGGAUGGAGUAGAGGAAGGAGCGAGUGAUGUGCAGAAUGGGCACCUGGACCCCAACUCGGACUGCCUUUGUCUGGGCCGGCCAUUACAGAACCGAGACCAGAUGCGGGCCAAUGUCAUCAAUGAGAUUAUGAGCACUGAACGUCAUUACAUCAAGCACCUGAAAGACAUUUGUGAGGGUUACCUUAAGCAAUGCCGGAAGAGAAGGGACAUGUUCAGUGAUGAGCAACUGAAGAUAAUAUUUGGAAACAUUGAAGAUAUCUACAGAUUUCAGAUGGGCUUUGUGAGAGACCUGGAAAAACAAUACAACAAUGAUGACCCACAUCUCAGCGAAAUAGGACCCUGUUUCCUGGAGCAUCAAGAUGGAUUCUGGAUAUACUCUGAGUACUGUAACAACCAUCUGGAUGCCUGCAUGGAGCUCUCCAAACUGAUGAAAGACAGCCGCUACCAACACUUCUUUGAGGCCUGUCGCCUCUUGCAGCAGAUGAUUGACAUAGCUAUAGAUGGUUUCCUUUUGACACCAGUGCAGAAAAUCUGCAAAUAUCCCUUACAAUUAGCUGAGCUCCUCAAAUAUACUGCCCAGGAUCACAGUGACUACAGGUAUGUUGCAGCUGCUCUCGCUGUCAUGAGAAACGUGACUCAGCAGAUCAACGAGCGCAAACGGCGUUUGGAGAAUAUUGACAAGAUUGCCCAGUGGCAAGCCUCUGUCCUAGACUGGGAGGGUGAGGACAUUCUAGACAGGAGCUCGGAGCUGAUUUAUACUGGCGAGAUGGCCUGGAUCUACCAACCCUAUGGCCGCAACCAGCAGCGGGUCUUCUUCCUGUUUGACCACCAGAUGGUCCUCUGCAAGAAGGACCUGAUCCGGAGAGAUAUUUUGUACUACAAAGGGCGCAUUGAUAUGGAUAAAUAUGAAGUAAUUGAUAUUGAAGAUGGUAGAGAUGAUGACUUUAAUGUCAGCAUGAAGAAUGCCUUCAAACUUCAUAACAAGGAGACAGAGGAGAUGCAUUUGUUCUUUGCCAAGAAGCUGGAAGAAAAGAUACGCUGGCUCAGAGCUUUCAGAGAAGAAAGGAAAAUGGUACAGGAAGAUGAAAAAAUUGGAUUUGAAAUUUCUGAAAACCAGAAGAAGCAGGCUGCAAUGACAGUGAGAAAAGUUCCUAAACAAAAAGGUGUCAACUCUGCUCGCUCAGUUCCUCCUUCAUACCCACCACCACAGGACCCGUUAAACCAGGGUCAAUACCUGGUCCCAGAUGGCAUCGCUCAGUCACAGGUCUUUGAGUUCAGCGAACCCAAGCGCAGCCAGUCACCAUUCUGGCAAAACUUCAGCAGGUUAACUCCCUUCAAAAAAUAAUACCUACAGGGAGGCAGAUAAUUUUAAACUAAAGUAAAUUAUAUUUAUAGAUGGACCUUUUUUUUUGGAGAAACACUGUUGAAAUUUAUAUACAUAUAUAUGUAUCUCUAUAUAUGUAUAUAUAUAUGGACAUAAAUAGACCCUCGAGUGUACACACACAAACACACACAGAAGGAGCAAAAACAUUUUCUUUUGGGGGAAAUUAAAUCUGUAGUCGUAGAAAGGUAACAACAACAUCUAAACUAAUGACCCUUUCUUUACAAGUUUUCCAUUAUCACCCUGACCCGCUUGCAUUUACUUUUAGAAACUGAUAGCUCUAUUUCUUUGUUUUUCAGUUAAGAUAAUUUCUGUACUCACCUGUGAGUGAUUCAUGACUUGUCAUUAUUACCAUAGAUGUGUUUGUAUUGGCUUCUAGUUUUCUGAUGAUAGUGAUGCUAAUGAGUUUUAAAUUAAUUUGAUGUGAAAUUCGAAAGUUUGAAUCUUUUUCCCCUUUCACUUUUCAGUUGAUUAAGGGAAGAUUCCCCUUUUUCCUCUCCCUCAGCCAAUUUUCUGCAGAUAUUUCUGCAGCAUUGCUGUUGCUCUGAACAUUUUUCCUGCAUCUUCUCAGUUGCAUCAGUCUAGACAUGCUCUUUUGUGCCCUGUGACAGCUGCUUGAUAUUUCUAUUGCUUUCACUAUGUUUUAGGUAUGUAAAAGGCCCUAAACAAACCAGAAAAGAGGUAAUAUAUAUUUAUACUGUCAGAGUAUAAAGAAUCUGGAGAGGAAUGAUGUGCAGGCAACAUUCUGUGUUUGGGCUGAUUCUAGUAUUGGAAUUUAUCCUAUUGUAGCACUGCUGUGUCCUGACAGUUUUGUAUCUGGGGUUUAUUUUGGGUCAAUUAUUUCCCUUUUCAAAAUGCUUUGGUUAUGGUAUUCCACUAUUGUAUUCCACAUGGUAUAUCCCUCCCCUAUUGUAAAAGAUAAACUGGAAUUUAAAAGGCUGAUACCUCACUCCUGGAAGAAAGAAUUAACUUCCUCCUAGCACUAAGUGGAUUUAUAUUGGAUUUCCCUUUCACUAUACGUGUGGGGACUGAAUAAUUCCUGCUGCAAAUUCCAAAAUGUUUAGGCAGAAAGCUUAGGAGUCUAUGAGGUACAAGAAAAAUCCCACCCUUUUAUUGUUUUCACUAUGUUUUGGGUGUUGUAAUAGGCCCUAAACCAACCAGAAAAGGCAACAAAUUUCAGAAUAUUUAUUUAGACAAUAUCCAAGAUUAUCAGUAAGAUCUUAAUGGAAAAUAAUAGGUUAGGGAAUGUAAAGUCUCUGACUAAUGUAUGUAUCUACAGUUCAUGCCACUCCAGUAAUAUGAGACUUCUCCCAGAUUGCAUGGAAAAAAUCUAUUGCCCCUACCUUUCCUUUUUUUCUCUCCUGAUAACCUGGCAAAAGUUUGAUUAAAUAGACAUUUCUGACUACAAAGGGCUCUGUUUCCAACAUUAUCUCAUACGAUGGAAUUUGAAGCAAGUGAGGAACGAGUAAAGAAAGGGCCUGAGACAGAGAUGUUAUUUACAUAAUCAUUAUUGGCAGGUUUUCUAACCUGAGAAAAACUAACUUCUCCAAAAAAUUAAGUUCUCUGUUGGUGAAGGAGUACUUCUUCUUGCAUUAGCCCUUGCAUUGGCCCUUAAACAGCAAGCAGAAUAGAGUGAGUAUAGGUCAUGCUAUGGAGAGCCCCCCUAGUUAAGAACCUGGAAAUUUUGAGUUUGUCUUGAACCCAAGAGAAUACUUAAUUAUUUAAGAACAGCAGCUUACUGAGCCACACUGUUGUUCUAUUAUGAGCCCAGACAAAAUCUUUCUCAACCUGGGAAUAAACCUUUGUGAGAAUAAAAUUCUAUGCUAUUUAAGUUUCCAUUUGCCAUACUUAAAUCAGACUUGUAGUAUAAGCCAAAAAUAAGAUUGAGAUGGGCAAAUGACAAGGGUUUAGAAUUAAUUGCUAGUUCUUAGCACAUGAAUCAGCUUCUUAAGACACCAUUGGGAAGUAUCUAAUCCUGAGCUAUGACUACACAGUGACUGUGUAGGCCUCACUGAAGGGUACAUAUUUUUCUUACUUUCCAUUCUUCUCAUCUAUACUCGGGUUUGAUAUGUUUUCUUCAGAGCCUGGAGGUACACCAGAAAGGAAUGAGUUAUACUUUAGGGGCCUACAACUUUUAUUAAACAAGUGUUUUCAUAGCCCCUGCUACCAAGUGUCUGAGUCCAGAGGUUUACAAUAAGGGUUACCAUCUCUCACUAUCUGCUCACCUCAUAUUUAUCCAAGCCACUGAACUCUCGAGAUACCAGUAACUUGCAAUAUGAGAGAUCAGCUCACCAUUUGGUCAAAGUGGAAAUCUUAGCUUAUAUUAGCGAAUCAUACCAGUGACCUACAAUCCUAAGGACAACCCCAUUACCUAGAGUUAGAGUCCAAGCCAAUUCUGUCUCCACAGCUAUGCUAUUUUCAAUAACUCCGUAGGUUUCCUCUGUUUCUGCAUGGCCCAGAACUCUCCUUUCCUCAACUCAAUGAGAACUGAUUUGUGCUCCAAAAGGCUUUGCUAAGUAUGUUCUAGGGGCUUUCACGUGGGUUGUUCAAAGCAUAGAAAUCCACCACUACCUUUUCUCUUUCCUGUCCCCUUCUCUCUGUGUAUAUCUCUAACGGACUUAUAAGGACAGCAACAAGAGAAAUCUAACAAUUAUGAUGUGAUGACAAAUAGUGAUCUUUUAGUGCUUUGGGGGUGGGGUGGGCUGGGUUUGAUGGAUGGGAAACAGCAACUUUUAUUUCCCCUGCUGCUCUGCAUUUACCAAUUAUUAUUAUGUUUCUUCUGGAUGUUUGACCCUGUCAAACAAAUGUCAAAGUUGUGUGUUUAAUAAAAAUUGUUUAACAACAAAAAUAAGAUGUUGUAAUGACACAAAGCCUUAUAAAUAUUUAUGGAAUUCAAUAAAGAAGUAAAAAGACA